GUCUUCAUUUAGAUUGUGAAAUUCACGUCGAUCAGUCGCUUUCUUUCAACCAAAGUUAGCAACACUGAGGAAAAAAUCAUUUAGCCUUUUCAAAUGUAGUCCUCUGUGGUUUCUUGUGCUCUUUCCACCCUCUCUAAAUUUUUUUUAAACCAAAAAGUAAAUUAAUUCAGUGAGUGGAUUUUGUGGAUUUUUUUGUGUGGAAAUUUUGCCGCAAUACAGCGAUCUUUGGCCAUUUAUGCCGUCUGUUCGCAGAGAGAUAAAAAUUCUGGAGCUACAACAGUAGAGCACUACAAUAAAUUUUAUUUAACGUCAUUUUUCAAUGGGUUGAAGAGUUUGGUGAAAUAUCUCCUGAACCUGGGACAAAAGGAUCAAAGACAGGAAAGACAAUUUCAUUUAUAUGUGAUCACAUUGUGUGAAAGGCACACACAGGAUUCCGAUGAAAGGAUCCAAUUUGAGGAUCUCGAUCUUCGACACAGUCUUCUCUAUGCACACAAACACCUUAAUGCUGGUCAUUGCAGACUUAAAUUAUUCCUAAAUAAGGGGCACCAUAGGCGUGUGUCUGUUUAGUUAAAGGAUUUCGUCGUUAGUUAAAUUUUUUAUUUAAUUUUUUUUUUGGAAUUUGUGUGUUUUUUUUUCUUAAAUCAAAAUGUUGAAAGUUGUUGGAGCUUCGUGGUAUAAGACUAAAAUUGGAAGUUUGAUUGUCCUCACGGCAAUCAUUCUAUCCCUGGGGGCGCUAUUCAUCAUCGACAUGGAGAGACCAACAUUUGACGGUACUUUCUGUGCCACCGUCUACUGGACCAAAAUGUCCGGGUAUCGUGUGGAAUUUUGGGGUCAACAAAAUGAUCUCGCUUCUGUUCCUCUGGGAGUCGCAAGAAUUUGCUACAAAGACACAAUUUUCGAGAAUGGCUGGUCCCAAAUUGAGAUCGAAACAAAUCACGCGUAUCCAGAUAGGAUUCAAGCAACUGGAGCUGGAAUUCUCGAAGGAGCUCUCACGUGGAAGAGCAUCUACCAUCAGUGGACGAACACCAUCAACGCUCAUUGCUCAAAAGAUGAUGAUGCUGUGGAUUUUUGCGCAUGGGUUAGAAAGACACUGCUGAAGAGCUAUGAGAGUGUGCGGAAGCAGGCAGAAUUGAAUGCCGAUCACGACCACUACUGGUACCAAAUUCAGCUGUUCUACUACCAACUUGAGGGGCUGGAGUUUGGAUGGAGGAAGGGAAUUAAGAGGUCAGCACUGAAGAGAUCACGCCUGGAGAUUCCUCCGGAGGAUUUUCUCCUAAUGAAUGCUGGCGCUGAUCUGCGGGAUUUGCGAAUUUACUACGAUCGCGUGAUCAUGGGAAGACCAUCACCGGCAAACAAUGAUGUACGAUCGAGUAUGUUGCUCAAUAUUCACGAGGAGAAUGGGAUUAUUAAGCUGCAAAUGGGGCACUCUGCUGCCAAAUCGUAUUCCCUUAUGCUGAGAAUUGUGAAGAAGUACAAGUUUAAUUAUCACUUCUCACGUGAUCACAAAUCCCACGUUAUUCCUGGUUCCAAUAUUAUCUUCUCCGGCUACCCUGGGGUUCUUGCAUCAACGGAUGACUUCUACAAAAUCUCCGGACGUCAUGGGCAUCUCAUUGUGGCUGGAGUUGGAAUUGUAAAUAGAAACAGUGAGCUGUGGCAUCAGCUUGAUCUUCGGAUGAAUGUCAUUCUGUCUGCACGUGCAAUGGCAGCCAACAGGUUGGCCUACAAUGGACGAUCGUGGUCGAGAAUAAUGGCAAAAGAUCCUGGAACGGGGGCAAAGCAGUGGCUCAUAUCUGAUCGCAAGAUUCUCAGGCAUCUCAUAACGACGCGAAAAGCGGCGGAAUUCACGGAAAAAUCCUCCAUUCCACCCGCCAUGGAGACUCAAACGGUUAAAAUGAGUACGUAUAAGCCCUUUGAGGAGAGCGCACAGCAGGAUGGUCAGAUUAAGACGGACUUUGAGACUCAGGGACUUGUGUGGUUGGUUGAUCAACUACCAGGGAGACUCUAUGCUGAGGACGUAACGGAGGCUCUCUACAAAUUCGGUACAAUCUUCUGCAAUGGGACACCCUAUUUCAAUGCAACGGCCGAGCUGAGUCAAGUGCAGGAGCUCAAGGAGAAGAAUAUCCCGCAAAAAUUCACCGAUCUCGAUGAUAUUGGAUUAUUCUUGAGGCAAAGAGCCAGUCGUGGUGAUCUCCAUGAGGAUGAUCCACGAGCAUAUGGAAAUAUCGAUCUCAAACUCUAUUCUGAAACAAAUUCCGGUGAUGUUGAAUUUCACGCCAUUUCCGGUCCAAUUAGUCUUCCCACGAAGGAAUAUACUUUCGACGCCUUUACAGCGGUUGCUGAUGACCCAAAUGCAUCGCCAAAGUCCAUGAAUCUGGUAAAGCCAGCUGAGCCCUUCCGGUGGAGUGAUUCCAAUCUUCCUGUGAAGCACGACGGGCAUCCGGAUGCGUGGAAUUUUGACAAAAUGUCUCCCAAAUGGGCUUGGCAGUAGAUCUCUCAUGUGACCAAUUAAAUCCCUUCCAUAUUCCCCUCUCUGCAUGCACCAAUAAAAAUUGCCAAUAAAUGAUUUUUACUUCCUGGACAAAAAAA